ACUCGACCGCAACACUCACUCACCAACUCACUCGCUCACUCACUCACUUCUGGUGGGGUAAAAUCACGAAGCGAGAUGGUCUCGGGAGCGACUCGAGGGUAUUUUCAUCGUGGCAGUGCAACACGUGCAGUCGGUGCACCAAUUCGUUUCGAUCUCUCACGUCUCGCGCUGUGGCCAAAUCUGUGGCGGCAACUGAUCCAGCUAGGAAGAUGUGAGUCGCUUCACGUGAUUAUUUUCGUGCUUAUACCUUACUGUCAAUUUCCGAUCGACGAUCAUCGGUGAAGAUCUUCGAUCUUGGUGCGAGCGCGCCUCGUCGAUGGAGAUCAUCAGCAAGAUGCAGGCAGCUGGAUGACGCUCGUUGUUGUCUGCGGGAUGGCAAUAUGGCGAACAUCAAGGUAGCCGUACGUGUGAGACCGAUAUCUGCUAGGGAAUUAAAUUUGACGGGGUCCGAAGUGGUGAUUCGCGCGGAGCCGAAUGAGAUUUCCUUGACGAAUUUGAAGGUGUCGUCGAGCAAGGCCGGAGACAGUCGCGAGAGAACCCGAAGGUAUGCUUUCGAUUACUGCUUCGAUUCAUCGAAUCCCGAAGCGAAGAAUUAUGCUACCCAAGCGACGAUCUACGAGACGCUCGGCCAAUCCAUCCUGGACGUUAUGUUUUCCGGGUACAAUUACUGCUUGGUAGCUUACGGGCAGAGUGCGUCGGGUAAAACCUACACCAUGAUGGGCACAAAGGAGGAUCCAGGACUUAUUCCACGAUUGUGCGAAGGAAUUUUUUCAAAAAUCGAGCAAGAGAAUGGCCAUGAGAAACUUUAUCGUGUGACUGUGAGUUAUCUGGAGAUAUAUAACGAGAAAGUGAGGGAUCUCUUGCAGUCGUCGACGAGCGCGAGCCGGCUUCGAGUUCGAGAACAUCCUCGACUAGGACCCUACGUUCAAGGAUUAACGCGCCACGUGGUCCGCGACCUGGGAUCGUUGAUGUCAUAUGUGGAGAAGGGCACGAAGGCCAGAAAGACAGCUUCGACACUUCAAAAUCCCAGCAGCAGCCGUAGCCACGCUCUACUGACCGUCGAUCUCACGCGGGAACAGACGGCCGAUGUCGAGCGUCCUUCUGAUGGUGACAGCACCACGUCCUCCGGGAGGCAGGACGUUACUCAGCGCGCCGGCAGCAGGUUGCAUCUGGUCGAUCUAGCGGGCAGCGAGAGCGCGGCCACCUGCGGCGGUGUUCAUCGACUGAAGGAAGGUGCGAAUAUCAACAAGAGCCUAGUGGCCUUGGGAAACGUCAUAUCAGCACUCGUUGAAAAAGGCUCGACCGGAAGUGGGACAAGCAAAAGAUACAUCCCUUAUAGGGAUUCCUCUCUUACUUGGCUGUUGAAAGAUGCACUCGGAGGAAAUGCUACCACCGUUAUGCUCGCUACAAUAUCUCCUGCUAGCGGAAGUUAUAACGAGACUGCACAUACCUUACGAUUUGCGCAAAGGGCGCAGAGCGUGGUCAACCGACCGAUGGUCAACGAGGAUCCUGUGGAGAGGCUCAUCCGUGAAUUAAGGGCCGAGGUGGCGAGAUUAAAAUCCUUGUUACUGCAAAAGGAUAUCGACCAGCAGACUAACUGUUGUUGCGGCAAAGUUCAAAGUUCAAAAAAUUCGGCGACGGAUCUUCAGUAUCGCGAAGAACAGGAACCGCUUAACACUUCGCGGCCUAAAGAAUUCGAUCACGAGAACAAAUUUGCACGAUCAAAGAAUGACAGAUCGCAUGACGUUCUUCCGAUCAGAAGAUUCAACUCCAGCGACAGUGUGACGAUUUGUGAGACUGGCUCUUCACAAUCCAUCAGAAAGUUUAGUUCUUACGAGCAUUUACGAGUCCCCGAUCGUUUCAUCAACAAUUACAACCAGGCCAAGGUCACCGAGCUAAGCGACGAAGAGGACGAGGUGGUGGACGAAAUUAACGAACCGGUCUUCGUGGACAUACCGACGCUGGUGGCUGUGCUAAUUAAGCCAGACGACAGUUUACAGGAGUCGUCGACGCAGAUCGAGGAAAUCUGCUCUGAUGAGGUGCAGGAAGACUCGAUUGACGCGGAUUUUAUAGAAGGUGGCAACGAGGAGUUUGAGGAAGCAGAAAAGAUCGACGACGUUGAUCCUGAUGAUCACAGUAUUUCGGUGAAUUCUUGCAACGCCUUGGGCGAUUCAGAGAUUGGCGAGUUUCAUAUUCCAUCGAGUCCGGCAUCUGUUGGAAGAAGCGGACCGAGGGGUAAGUUUAGCAAACAAAACUCGAUCGACUUGCCGUCAUCGAAUUUGAACGUCUCGAAGAAGUUUGGCUCUAUCGAUGGUAUCAGCAAAAAGAAGGAAUCAUCGAUUCUCGAUCAUCUUCAGCGAUCGCAUACAAAUUUAGAGAAGCGUUCGUUACCCGAUCGUGGGAAAAAGCUCAACAACAUCCGCGAGAUCGACGAUCGCAAGGUGAACAUUAAAUCUGGAAGUAUUUGGAAAGCGAUUGGCAGCAAGGAUUAUCAAAGGAAGAGCAGCAACGAAUCUGACAAGAGCUUGAAGGAUUCCAAUAUCGGCAAGACAGGCUACAACAUUGGCAGAAAACCGAGUUUGGAAAAUCUAAAGAGAAAAACUAGCAAGGACAGUAGCUCAAGUAGCUCCAAAGACGAGCAGAUUUUGAUUUCAAGCUUGACGCGUGACAAAUUAUUACGCAGAAAGAGCUUCUUAGAUCAGGAAGCGACAACCGCGGGCGGUGUACGACAUCAUACGCCGAUUCAGAGAGUAAAACGCGCCGACAUUGUCGCAGCCGUCACGGAAAGACUUUACUCCAGCAAGAAGCAUACAGAAGAGAGUAAUAAUAUGGCGAACAUUAAUAACACAUCGGACAUUCGUUCGCCGCCGGAGGGCAUCGACGUUAAGAUGCCCAACAAUCUUAUUACACGAUCGAGACUCCAGGAGAUCUCGCGGAAGAUGCUGAUGAAGCGGCGGAGGAUGAACGUAGAUACGCAGACAGAGACGGCGUCGACGCUGCGUUUCAAAGACACGGCGUGCUUGACAGACAAUCCUAAAGUGGCUCUUCAGGAUGCGGCGGUUCUUACGGAAGAACAUGCAGACGUACGCGAUGACAUUGCGGCUAUGGCAAAUCACCGAUUGCCCAUUCUGAGAGUGAAAGAUAUGGCCACGCUGACAGAUCGCCGACCACAAACCAGCAUUUUCCGCUGCAAGGAUGCUGAGAGCUUAGCCAAUGAUCUUGAUUUUGACGAUUAUGAUCUGCAUUCGCCGCGAAACGAUUCCGGCAUACUCUCCGACGACACGCAGAAUUAUGCCGAGAGCAACCUAUCUAGCGCCGAGAUGCCCGAGCUUUAUCCAGAAACUGACAGAAGGAUGCCAUGUACGGAUAGUUCGACCAACACAUUCCUUGCAUCCGGCAGGAACUCGGCGGUGCAAACGGAAAGCGGAAAUCGACAAAUAGCGAGUCGGCAGAAGAAGAGCUCGGAGAGCAGAGGUCAUAAUCAUUGCUGCGGUCUGAUUCACGAGAUCGGCCAGCACAUGCCAGUGAGCAGUCCCGAGAGAAAUGUCAUUUCCAUAUCUCUACCAGACAUGAUCAGCAUAACCAUCGAAAGUACGAACGGCCUAGAGUCCAGGAUUGCUGUGACGGAUGGCAAUGAUGCCAUAGUCCAAAAGCCGCAACCUAUUUCCAGCAACAAGGAAUCUCAGACGGAACAGAUCAAGAACGAGACUGAAGGAUCUUUUUUGAAGGAUUUUACAGUAAGAUCGACGGCCAUUCAGGCGGAUGGUAGAACCUUCAGGAUUGAAAACAUUUUUCAGGAUCCGAAAAGCAAUAGCUAUAGUCGUGAUGCGACUUCCGAUUUGAGGCAGGAAAUCGUAACAAAGAAGUCGAUGGUCUUUAGGAGCUCUCUGGGCACUUCUUCCGUUAUCGAGACAAAGGAGAAUGACACAAAGACAUGGGAUAUCGAGGAUCCUUAUCAAAGAAAACAGCCGAUCUUGAGAGGAUCCGAUUUAACACGGGCUUUCGUCGCGAGACGUAGCUUCAGUUUAAGUUCUGGAAGACCGACACACAGACUUGCUUGUCAAGAUUUAUGGAAAAACUGGACUUUUCCAUGUUCAGAUUUUAUCGAUUAUAGCAGAGAGAUAAUGGUCAUGUCGCCUAACGCGCAGCAAGACAUUAAUAUACCAUUACCUGACGACUUACCUUCUUCUACAAUAAUCAGCGAAUGUACUUCAAUCAAUAAAAUUUCAGAAAAACCGAUUUACGAAACAUGCAAUCAAGAUUUUGCGAACAAUUUUGAUGACUUGAAGAAAUCUGCUUUGACAAAAGAUCUAUUAGAUUGUGAUUAUAAUUUCUCGGACGACAGUCUUGAUUGUGACGAAGAUAAUGCCGCAAAAAAAUCUAUUGUCGCGAAUACGCUGGAUACGCAGAAUUACGAAGAGAUUAACGAGAAUACGAAGAAUUACGAGAGCCUUUGUCCUCCAGAUGUUGUCGCGCAUACGAAGAAAGAAGCUUUGAAAUCGGCAAAUCACGCGAAUUUGAUUAAAGUUGAAUCAUCGAUAGACGACGAUUUCGAUGAUAUUAAGAUGGAAUUUCCGAAAAGAAAACCUGACGAGGUAUUGGAUGAGAAUCCAAUACAGGAUUACAAGACAUUGAUCCUAGGGACGUCGUCGUAUCUUGUGGAUAGCGAUUCUGAAGAAGAAGCAAACGUAGCGUUUAAUCAGUGUGAUAAUAUUAUUAAGAAGAAAGUAUCUUUUUCGAAUUCAAGUAAUCCCGAAGAGAUAACUGUCGCGGCUGACCACAAAAUCCUGGCAUCGAAACGAAACUCUGUUGUAAAGUCCAUUAUCAAGAUGAAGAAGCCAGCUGUGACCGAAAACUUGGACAUCGUGCAAUCAAAUGUCGAAGUUGACCAAUCCUUGCAGCGGAAAAAGAUAGAACCGACAAAGAGCGAGGAAGUUCAGUCUACUUCGAAAGAAAAUCAUGAUUCUAAGGGCUCUCGAAAAUCGUUAACCAAUGAGAAGGAAUUUCCUGACGAGGAUCACCGCGAGGAGUUUCGCAACGAAUCAGACAGCGUCGUCAGCGAUGAAGAUACCCGCACAUCGAAGAGAAAAAACAUUUUCGAGAAAUACCUGAAUGAGGCGAUGAUCUUCAUGCGCAACAUGAACUCUAUCAACGAGUACAUGAGUGCCGUGAACACAUUGGAGAGCCGCAGAAAGCGUCGCAGAAGACGAGGAGGUCGUCGAGGGAACAAAUCGAGCACGGAUAAAGAUCACAUAGAGUUCCGCGGGCGCAAAGUGAGCUUAAAAGAUGACACCGACGAGUAUUUGCAAGCGAAGGACGAAGUCGCAGUCGAGUCCUACGUGAAAUGUCUGAAGGGUAUCGAGAGACUGGAGGCGUGCAUCGACAAGGUCAGCAAGCACAAUCAGAUCCUUCGAGAUAGAUAUGGCAUCGACGUUGAGUCUGCUGACGCUAAAUCGAGUUUAGCGAGUCUCAGCGUAGAUUCCGAGAUGUCCAGCGUCGAGGACGGCGUGAUCCGUCAAUGCGACAAUGUAAUUUUCAAAAAUAACGUUAAGAGUUGCGACAAGUCGAAUCUUUCGAGAAAUUUCUUGCCCUUUUUGUCUUCCAUUCAAACUGACGUCACAAAGCAGUCUACGUUAAAGGAGACGGAUCGGCGAGAUUGGAUUAAAAUCGAUGAACAUGAUUUUGACGAUAAAAACAACGAUAUCACACCGGAGGAUGAUCUGGAGCGCAAGAUUUUUGAUCAAUUGAUGCGUGUGGCCGAUUCCAGCAAGUACCAAAGCUCGAGGCAGUUGCGUCAGAAACGCCUCUGGAAAAUGCACGAUCUUAGGUCUCAAAACCCGACAACUUAUUCCAAGUUACAGGAGACUUUCCGACGGGACACUCGUGGAAUCCUUAAUUUCGAUGAAGUUUCCGCCACCGAAGAUUAUCUCGACGACAUCCGCGGAAUCGAGAGUAGCCCCCGGAAUUUUAGGAAAACGAAACUUUCCGAUCAAACAGAGAAUAUUGGCUCGAGAACAUCGAUCAGUUCGGAGAUCGAUCUUGAAGAAUUAUACGAUUGCAACGAAUUGCCGGAAGAAAAUGAUAAUCCAAAAGUAGAGUAUCCCGAUUGUCUGAUAGAUCCUUCAAAAUCGAUUGACGCUGGACCAACGUUCAAUGCGGAAGAGAAAAUCACACGAAAAAUUACACAGAAAUCAAAAGAUAGUUUAAGGCUCGAGUCACCGAAUUCCAGAUUUAUAGGAUCUUUGAACAUGGAACUAAAGUAUCCUGGUAGUCCAAGGGCAAAAUUUUUGGAGCUUUUAAAAGAGAGGAGACGAAUUGUUGAAACCAGCAGAGGUACAAAUGCAUUUUGAGAAAAUCUAAAGAUUACUCUCAAUCAUAAAUUGUAAAUAUAUUUUUCGUAUGUAUUUUGUAUUUUGACUAUUAUCAAAGAAAGAGUAAUUAUAAUAAUUAUAUUUAAGUAAAGAGAAAUUUGUAAAUAGCGAUAUUAUAAUAAUAUUCGCUUCGUGCUCCCCUUCACUUUAUUAGUCCUUUAAUGAUAAUUAAUAAUCUACCUUUAAUAAUUAUGUUAAUGACUGUAAUUAUGCGGAAAGAGUAUUAACGGAUCUUAUAGCUCAUAUAAAUGUAUAGCUCAUACAUGUUAAUGUUUAAUUUAAUGUCAGAUGCAUUUUCAUGUUUAAUAUUAAGUCUGCUUAAAUCUUUGGUGCUUUUAUUAUCAAUGUUUAAUAGAAUUAAUUUAAAUUAUUAUUGAUGCUAAAUAUUCCAAAUUUUAGAAAUUUUUAAUCAAGAGCCGUUCACAUUUUUCACACACAAAUAAUGAUUAUGACAUUUUAUUAAAAUAACAAUAUAUCUUACAUAAUAUUUCAUAUAAUGAUAAAUGAUUAUAUUUUUUCUAAACUAGUGUAAUUGUUCAUUAUUUAAAUUUUUAUACAAUUUAUAUCAUAAAAUGCAUUUGAAUAUCAA